AUGAGCGGCUCGAAGGCGAGGGCGGCGGCGGCGGCGGCGGGGCCGGAGAAGAAGCCGCCGCCGGGCACCGGGGGGCCGCUCAGCCGCCUGCGGGGGCGGCGCGGCUCGGCCGACGCGGCGCCGCGGCCGCCGUGGACCGAGUCCGAGUUGCUGGCGUUGGAGACCGUCCGGCCCGAGCACGUCCUGGGGCUGUGCCGGGUGACGGAGAAUUAUUUAUGCAAACCUGAGGACAACAUUUACAACAUUGACUUCACCAGGUUUAAGAUCCGAGACCUUGAAACUGGAACAGUGCUGUUUGAAAUUGCAAAGCCAUCUGCUUCAGAGCAAGAUGAAGAGGAUGAAGAUGACAACAGUGAACUGGACGCUAGUGCAGGCCGCUUUGUUCGUUACCAGUUCACCCCAGCAUUUCUCCGUCUUCGGACUGUUGGUGCAACAGUGGAAUUCACAGUGGGAGAAAAGCCAGUGUCAAACUUUCGAAUGAUUGAGAGACAUUACUUCCGAGAUCGCUUGCUGAAGAACUUUGACUUUGAUUUUGGCUUCUGCAUCCCCAGUAGCAGGAAUACAUGUGAACACAUUUAUGAAUUCCCUCAGCUCUCAGAAGACCUUAUCCGUCUGAUGGUUGAAAAUCCAUACGAGACCCGCUCAGACAGCUUUUACUUUGUGGACAACAAGUUGAUUAUGCACAACAAGGCCGACUAUGCGUACAAUGGAGGACAGUAAUCAUUCUAUGUCCACUGGAUGCUGUGAUGCUGUUAACCAUUCCAGAUGUCCAGGAGUGGACUGGAGUUGCUGUCUCGUGCAACAAGGCUUCUUGCCAAACCUUUUCUCCUUGCGUGAGGCUGAACACAUGAAGCAAAGACGACAGCUCAUGAAAGUAAAGGAAAUCUCCCUGCAACACUUCUCUGUUCGACACUCAACGUAUCCUGCCUCUCAUUCUCUAUUUCUGGUUACCUGCCGGUACCUUGGUUAGGUCAUGGAUCAGAGGCACUGUGAGAACAUUCUUGCUGUUACAGUCUUUAUAUUAGGUUGCACCUUUAGUGCUUCUGAUGUUUCACCUAUUGGGUGACUACCCUCUUUCAAGAGGUCAGAUUGUUUGGGUAAGCUAUUUCUUAGCAGGAAAAUUUUACCCCUUCAAGUAGCCAGUGAUGCCUGAAGGGCAGAUCUCUUCUUCAGUUGGAUAGAUCAUCUCUUCAGUGCACAGUGGUUUAGUUUGUAACAUGGCUGACAUUGCUUUCUAGGGUGCAUCCCAAUAUUCUCCAGUGGGAAAGAUAAAAUAAGGGACUAAUUCAGCUUCUAAGCAGUGCAGGAAUCUUCCUUCUGCCUCCAGGGGCCUGAGCUGCCCUUGAGAACGGUUUAAUCUGUGUCUUGCCAGGGAUUUCACUAGAGAUAUGAGAUAGGGGGGAAAAAAGGGGCUUUAUCCAGGUUGGUCAUCGAGUCAGUCUGACAGCAUUGCUAUUUGAGCUCUUGUGAGCAAAUUGUUGCAUUUUGGAGCUCAGGGGUCAACCUUAGAGCUGAAGUUGAUCUCACUAUAUUUACCAUUUCUCCUGCUUGCCUUUGUGUAGGAAUUUUGGCUCUUGCUACAGAAUGUAUUGCUUUUUAGAUCGACAGCACACUGUCAGUCUAGCUGGGGUGGAGGGGAGGUGUCAGUCUAGUGGGGCUUAGAGGAAAAAGGGAGAAUGUGGAAAAUCACUUGAAAAAUGUGUAGGAAGCAGAGCUUCCUAGGCUUCAAACUCUUUACACUUUUAAACCUGAAUGAUCUCAGAGGUGCGGGAAGGAGAGAUGGUGGUGUUACCAGCUCAUUUGCUUUGUUUCAGUUGAGGUAUUAGUAGCUAAAAGCAUCCUGGGUCAGAUCACUCAGUGUUACAGAGUGGGAUUCUUACAAAGUGAGAAUUUACAUGAUUCUCUUUUUAAUUGUUUGAGUUCCCAUCACUGCUUUGCCUACUUAGCUGCUUAUUUAUGGUUUAGGAAGUUCUUCUGCCAAGGUAGUUACUGGCAGACCAGAGGGUGUAUUUCACAGGUGCGUUUGGGACCUGGCGAUAGGAAAUAGCAUCAUGCAGUGGGAAGAGGAGACCCAUGUCUUCCCAGCAGCCGUGCUGAGGCCCAACUCCUGACCAUGCAACAUCUCAGCUAACAAAACCCUUUUCUGCCUGUUUUACUGGCUCUCAAGACUGGCAUUUUUCCUGUCCCCUCGCUGGGCUGGUCAGUUUUGUCUCUUGUACAUGGGAGUUAGGUUGUGUCUAGACUAGAGACGUUAGCUAGUAUUAGUUCCAUUUGUUCCUUCAGACAGUUGAAACCUAACUCCUUGGUGGAUACAGUUGGUUACCUGUUGUGUUAAGUAAGAUUCAGCAUAGUUUAUGUUUUAGCAGGAUUACAUGGGGUGGGCAUCACAGCCUGGAGCCUGUUAAUGUGUAGACAGCAAUAGGAAACCACUGCCUUUACCUUGCAGAUUAAUGAUAUUAACUUUGGUGUAGAAGAUCAGCUGGCAUUGAGGUAAGCAGUGAAAGUAUGUGGGGUGGCAGCCAUGAAAGAAUCUCCAGCUCUUGGGAAGAUACUUAAUUAUGAUUAACCACAACAAAUGACCUGUUCUGGGUGGAGCAUUAAUCAUGAGCAACCACAACAAAUGUCUUGGGAAUGUGGAGGGGCAAGGUCUGCAUAGUUGAAAGAUGAAGAACAGUUCUGCUACCAUCAGUCCCCUCCAGCAUCUCCAAAGGCACUUAGGCAAUCUUGUUUAGUUAUUUCAGAGUUAGUUAAAGCUGCUUGUAAGGUGGAGCUUGAGAUGCCUCUUGCAGUGAUUGUCUUCAGAAGGCCUUGUGCCAUGCUGGUGAGGUGGGAAACAUUUGUUUUGCUGGAAGUUACUUGUGACAAGGCAGAACUGCCUGGAAGUGUGUUUUUCAUCCUGAAGUGUUCUGAGAUGCUCAGGAUAGUGUCUGAAGAGCCUGCUAGUUAUUCCCUGGGAAAUUUUAGCAUAUUGAGCUGAAUUUGUAUGUAGUAGAAAUCCAGGUGCUUUUAAAUGUUACUUUUAUCACAUUUUCUGUAUCACAUUUUCACUCUUGCUUUUCUUAUGAGUGUGAUGAUUCCCAUCUGUUUUCUAUGUCACUGCGUAAAGGUUCUUAAAAGGAAGAUGAACUGUUGCCAGAGCGAGCAGCAGAAAUUACUGUACGGGCAAAUACCAACUUGCGUGAGCUGUUUGUACUAGUCACCGUGCAGCUUUGCAUGGUCGGGGUAUUUGUAGGGGUGUGGGUGCCAUCUAGCCGCUGCUUUGCAGAAUGCGACUGACAGUAGGAGAGCACUCUGCCAAAUGUAAAUGAGGCAUUUGAUGUUUAUAGGAAAGUGGAUUCCUGUCUUUAGUCAUUACCUCUGCCGGUAGUGAUGAGAAAAAAGCAUUGAAGCAGUUGCUUUCCCAUUGGUGAAUGUAUCAGCUGUUCAGCAAUAAGAAAAGGAAAACUGGAUGAAAAUCGGAGGACUUGCAGGCAGCAGUAGCACCCCUCAGUUUCUAGCUGAAUUUGUUUGCUUUGCCAGAUUAGAAGGUCUUUGCCCAAAAAGCAUGCUGCAGAAAAAAAGUCCCUACAAGAGGGCAACCCAGCACUGAAAAAAGUUGAUUGUAAUCCAAAAAGUCAGGGAUUUCCAAACUCCUGUCCCCAGUUUGGCUGCUUCCCUAAGGUUCCUUGUCUCUUAGAUGCUUUCUAUGAAGUGUCUUCUCUUUGUGGCAGGGAUGAUGUUUUUGGUAAACAUGGUUUAACAGAGCAUCUUCCUUCUGGAUUGUGUGCUCUGAUGCUUUAAUGAUGGGUGAAAGCUACUCAUGACAGUGAGCUAGGAAGAAACUCCAGUGGGAUCUCAUCCUUGUCAGGUGGAUGCUCUGUCCUAGCCAGGUGCUUAAGACAAGGGAGAUGCUUUCAGUGUUGGCUGAAGUUUGAGCAAGGGAAAAGGUAUCUGUGCAGACAGCUUCUCUCAGGUCAUGUGCUGAGUUGGAAAGAGAAAAGAGUUGGGAUCAUACUGUGUUCUGCUCCAACAAAAAAAAGGGACCAAACCCACAAACUCAUGCUAAAUCUUUCCAGUAUUUGCCCUCUUAGCACCAGGACCUCUUUUUCACAUUUUUGAGGUGAGUGCUUUGGAUCCAUGCAAGCAAGCUGUUUUCAUGACUGACUGAGGAAUACAUACUGCACCUUGCGAAGGAAGGUUGUCUCCUCUCGUAUGGACUGGGUACUGCUGUCCUUGUCCUCCAUUUUUGGUAGGAAGUGUCUUCCUUUGUGUGUUUUCCUUAGGCUUUUCAAUGUCUCUUGCUGCAGAGAAGCAGCAGCCUCCUCUCUGGUGCUUGAGGAUGUUUAUUCCACUUAUCCAAGGGUUCAGGAAGAAUGAAACAAGCCUUUAGAAGUCAGAAAUGAAUGAGGAAGGUGGUGGUGGUGAAGCAGUAAGGUCCAAACGUGGUAACUCUACUUCUCAGCUCUGUGUUUCAUUACAUCCUCUUCCGCUGUUUCCCAGUGUUUGUCUUCUGCCCUGCUGUCCUGUCACAUCGAGCUACCGAGCCUUAUGCUACCCCCGAGCGUGGCCCGGUAUCACAUGUAAACCUCAGACUCGAACACCACCAUCUCCCUGUAGCUUUAUGAUGAGGACAAGGCUAAGGGACGGCUGCCUGGCGGAGUCACCACCUCUUCUUCUGCAGCAAAGGAAAAAACAAAACACCAGCAAACACCAUCUCUGUCUGCCUGGAUCUCAGUGCUGUUACAGGACAUCUAUUUGUAUCUCUCACAGCGUGGCCUUUGGGCUGCUGGCACGACCUCCUCCGUGCUGUCCCCUUCGGGCACUCCUCCCGCAGCCCUUCCUGGGAUGAGGCUGCGGUGUCGAGGCCGUGGCAGCCGUGCUGGCCGUGCCCCUUCAGUCCUGGGGUGCCCGGGUGAUGAUGUAUUUGUAUAAACGUUAUUUUGUCACCAGCAAUAGUAAUAAAGAAACCUCCCAUU